GGCUGAUCGGGUGUUUCGUACUUGGCCUCUACCUGAACAUUUUAACAAUAAUGGAUCUUUAUGAAUUUAUAGGACCUGGAGCAAUUAACGAAACGACAGAACCUACUACUUCCGAAAGUGGUGGAGAAGAGCUUAAAAAAGAGGUUCAAUCGGCGUUAAACACAAUUACAGAUGGAAAGUUCGGAACUUUUUGGAACAGCUUUAUGAAGAAGAGUGAACAUAUAUGGGAGGAAACUCGUAAAGACUUGAACACGGCUACAACGAAAGCAUCGGCCGAGGUGGCCAAUUGGAAGAAACAAAUAAGUGAAAGUAGUCAAAAGCCAUUGGAAAACCUUCGUUCUAUGGAAAACAAGGCCGGUCAGUAUUGGACAAAUCUGGGCGCCAAGAUGAGUAAUCUUCUUGACCGUGCUAUCAAAGUAUCUCCUGAAAACGAAACUCGUGGCAGUUCACCUGCUGUCAGCAUUUAUACGACUCGUAGAGAACGUCUUCUGGACUCUGUUGCAAAUAACACAGAAUUACUUAAAGAUGGUAUGACUGACAAUACCGAGUUUACUACUUGGAUAAAAGACUUUUCGGUAGAAGAAAAGACGGAUGAAAUUGCUAGUCUCCUACAACAGUAUCCUGGUUUACGUAAGUCUAUGGAAUCCCUCGUUCCGGAAACAGUUGAUUAUUCUUCCUUUUGGGCUCGUUACUUCUUCCACAAAACACGCAUAGAGGAGGAUUGCAAUCGCCAUGAAGCAGCACGGAGUCUCUCUGCCGAUACGAAACGUGUCGAAGAAGAUGAAAUCUUUAAUUGGGACGAUGAACCAGAGACCGAGACUGGUGAUAAGAAUGAAUUACAAAAAUCGACUACUGAUAAGAAGAAAAGUGGCACCGGUGACGAAACUGCCGCUGAAGAGAAAGACGUAAAGGGUACUACAGAGAAGAAAGCUGACGCUCAAUCUGCGGACUCAAAACCAGAGAAACCUGUAAAGGGCAAAGCUGCCGAGCAUAAGCAGAACGAGAAUGACGAUGACGAAGAUGAUGACUGGGAGUAAAGUUCCUUAAAUGUGGUAUAAAUACAUUCACCGUAUUGGUAAAUACAAUUGCACCUCUAGUCAUCAAUGUUCUUCCCAUUUUAUAUUUUACUUUCUUAUGAGCCGUUUAUGAAAGUAGCAACAAGAUUAUAUUCAUGCCAUUACGUUCUUGACCAUACCAUUAUAAACAUUAUACGCCGUUUAUGUGAGCUGUAUAUCUUUCGAUAUAGUUGUACUGCUUAACUGCGAAGACGAUCGAUUUACUCAUGGAAUAGAAGUUUAUUAAGAUAAAACAAAUAAUCCGGUACACAGCGAACGCUAUGUUAUAAAUAAGAAAACUAAGAAAAACCUAAACAUUAAGGAAAAAGACAGAGGCAAAAAUUAAUGCUGCAAUCGGCAUUUAUCAUCGAUGCGCCCACGAAAAGCAAAGAACCGUCCUAAGCACGAUAAAAGAGGGGCUUCAAACCGGUAGAAAAGAAGAAUGAAAGCGAGUGCGAGUCGGCUUCGGAAGAAGCCCUGACCGUAAUCACUGCGACAAGAAUAUUAUACUGAAAAAAAAUCGUUAACUUUUACCGUAGACACAUGUUCACACAACCCGAGAAAAAACUGAAAAGAAACAAAAACGUAAUAAAACCUAUCCCACAUUAUUUGUGCAGCGUAGGAUGCAAACUCAUCAUGGCGUACUUGCACACAAGGUCAUUCAUAUAUGCAGAGUAGUAGAAACUUCACAUAUUGGAAACCAAAGCGCAAAUCUGCGAGUCGUGCCUUGGUAACCAAAGAGAGAGAAAACAUCUCAUACGGUGUUCUGUAUUGACGAAGUUGCAUUUAGCCACGA